UUAUUGUGUGUACAAUUUAGAGGUGAAGGUAAAAAUGGAUCGCGAUUUUGACAUGAUUUAUAAUGUAAAUAGAGAUAUUGUGGAUUUGGAAUUGAUAAUAAACAUACCACGUAGAUAUAUUAGGGACAUGGAAAAUCCCAUAGAAAAAUAUAAUGAUGUGGAGUUUAGAAAACGAUUUCGCUUCUCGAAACCUAUCGUUCAACAUAUUUUGUUACCUAUAGUUGAAGAUCAGGAACAAACGACCAAUCGUGGGCUGCCUGUUCCACCAAUAAUAGGUUUACUAGUGACUCUGCGUUUUUACGCGACCGGAAGUUUCCAGAUAGUGUGUGGAGAUUUAAGAGGAUUCCACCAAGCCACUAUAAGCCGUGUAAUAAAGAAAGUUACUAGAAGGAUUUCAGCCAACAGUCGACAACAUAUAAGAUUUCCAAAUAAUUUGCAACAAGUUCAAAGACAUUUCCAGAGAAUUGGAAACUUCCCAAACGUGACUGGUUGUAUUGACUGUACACAUGUCCCUAUCAUUAAUCCAGGAGGACUGAAUGCGGAACUCUUUAGAAAUAGAAAAAGAAUAUUUUCAAUUAAUGUACAGGCAGUUGCUGGGCCUGAUUUAAAGAUUUACGAUAUUGUUGCUAGAUAUCCGGGAAGCUACCACGACAGCUAUAUUUUUAACAGAAGCUCUGUUAAAACCAGAUUUGAAAGAAGGCAGCUACCAGGAUAUUUGCUUGGCGAUGCCGGAUAUCCAUGUCUGCCGUAUCUUUUAACUCCUUUUCGAAACCCACAAACUGAAGGAGAAAGAAGGUACAACGAAGCUCAAAUAAGAACAAGGAAUGUAGUAGAACGCUUGUUCGGGGUUUUAAAGCGAAUGUUUUCUUGUUUGCGAAGAGGGCUUGCAAAUAAAACUUCUACGAGUUGUUAUAUUAUAGUUGCCUGUGCUGUACUUUACAACAUAGCAGUUACACAUCGUGAAUUAAUGGAACCAGCAGAAGAAAUUGAUGAUGAUAUACCAGCAAUUCCAUUCCAUGCUGGAAACUAUAAUCGUUUAGGCCAAUUAAUGAGGGCAACCAUAGUGCGGAACCAUUUCCAGUAGUAAAUAAUUUAUUUUUA